CCGUUUAAGGGUAAACCCCAUACUUUUGUGGCGGGCGCACCCACUUCGUUGCUGCCGAUAGUCGCUCUCAUUUCUUCCUGAAUUUUCAUUGCAAUCGCUUCGAUUUUAACAGGAAGAGUAUAACUCUAUAUGUUGUUUGAUGGUACCUACGUUGCAGAUGAAGUUUCAAAGCUGCUUAUAGUUCAACCUACGCAUUCAAUGACAAAUAUCUAACAGUGUCGUAUGAGGUGAAGGUGAUUGAACAUUGAACCCUUAUUUUUGAUUAAGCGAUGGAGUGCAACAAAGAGGAAGCGGUGCGGGCCAAACAGCUCGCAGAAAAGAAAAUGGAGAUUAAGGACUUUUCGGGUGCUCUAAAGAUCGCGUUAAAAGCGCAACAACUUUAUCCCGCACUCGAAAACAUUUCUCAAUUAAUGUUAGUAUGCGAAGUGCACUGUGCUGCCGAGAAGCGAUUAUACGGUACCGACAAAGACUGGUACGGAAUUCUCAAAGUUGAGCCUUCUGCUGAUGACAUAUCAAUUAAAAAACAGUACCGAAAGUUAGCGCUCGUACUUCAUCCCGAUAAGAACAGCUUUGCCGGAGCUACUGAUGCGUUUAAGUUAAUUGGUGAAGCUCAAAUGGUGUUACUGGACCGUGAAAAGCGAUUGAUUCACGAUAGCAAACGCAGAGCUUUCGGAAAUAUUUCCGCUUCGGGUUAUAAGCAACCGAGCAGACAGCCGAAUGUUCAACAAGUACAUCCGUGGAAUCGAACCACUCCCGUUAAUUUAAACGGCAGCAAUUUUGGUAAUUCUGGUAGUUUUCCGUUUCAACAACGGGCCCCAACUGGUGUUAAUGGACAUACAUCACAUAGGCCACCAACGUCAAUGUUUUGGACGGGCUGUCCUUUCUGUUCGGUUCGGUACCAGUUAGAUCGCUAUUCACUUAACAAGAAUGUCUCUUGUCAAAACUGCAAGGAAACGUAUCCGGCUUAUGAAUUGGGUACUCAUGUUCCGCCUAGACCCACAGAGGGUGCGAAACGUACGUUUACUACAAAACCGGUAUUUGAAAAGAAAGAAACUCCGAAAGCACACGGAAACGUGAACCGAAAACGGAAAAAGAGAGUAGAAGAAUCUUCAAGUGAAAGUGCCGACAGUCAUGAGAGCUCUGAAUCGGAAGAAGAUGUGCAGACAAACGUUAAUGGCGAAGAGCGUCGUAGAUCUUCUCGUUCAAAAAGAAACGUUUCUUACAAAGAAAAAGUAAACGAUAUUGAUAUUGAUGAUGAUGGUGAUAAUGAUGAUGAUGCUACUCCAUCAAAGCCUGCGGAAAAAGAAGCAAAAACAGCAGAAUGCGAUAACGAAAAAUCUCCGAACGAUAAGGCGAAAUCCGAUAAAAGUGCAAAAGAUGAUGAUGAUACAGACGAAGAAGAACCUGCGAUUCUUACGUGCCCUGAUGCAGAGUUUCACGAUUUCGAAAAAACCCGAAAAGAAGAAUGUUUUAGAGUCGGGCAGAUGUGGGCUUGUUACGACACUGAAGACGCUAUGCCCCGAUUCUACGCGUUAAUCAAAAAAAUAUCCCCAGGGUUCAAACUGCAAAUCAUAUGGUUAAAACCCGUUGCUGUAACCAAGGAUGAAAAAAAGUGGACGGCUUUGGAUUUACCGGUUUCUUUCGGCAGAUACAAAUACGAGAAAGAAGAUAAAACCGAGGACCUAUUAUCAUUCUCACACUUGGUUACAUGGGAAGCGGGUCCGAAACCCAAAACCGUGAACAUAAUUCCGAGAAAAGGCGAGACAUGGGCGGUUUUUAAAAACUGGUCGAUGAACUGGCACACUAUAUACGCAGACGCCGGGGAAAUAAAGUACGAAUACGAGUUUGUGGAAAUCUUGUCGGAUUUUGAUGAGAAAGCGGGGGUGCGUGUUUCGUACUUGGAGAAAGUGAAGGGGUUUGUAUGUCUUUAUAGGAGAAAAGCGGGUGCCGAGAUGGUAAUUCCAGCCAGUGAAAAGUACAAAAUUGCGCACAUGAUUCCGUCUUAUAAAAUGAGUGGAGAAGAACGAGACGGUGUUCCGAAAGGAUCGUUUGAACUCGAUCCUGCCGCGCUGCCUUCUGUAGCAUUUGCGUAAAUUUGAAUUUGAAUAUUAUUAUGUGUUUGUUUAGAUGUUAACUUGCUGGUAACAUGUUGAGAUAUUUUAACUUCUGUGGACCCUUGGUAGACUUGUUCUUAAAAGAUUUGAGAUAAUCCUUAAUGGGUCGUUUCAGUUGGGUAAACUAUAAUUUGGCAAA